CGGGGCCAAAGACUUUUCUACUUACGGAACAUACCCAGGAGAUGCCGCCAUUUGUCCUGUUUUAAAAACAUUUCUUGCAUUACAGCAUAGCUUUAAAUGUCAACGUAUACUCAUUCAUGAGGAGGUUCUAGAGCUGAGAAGCCUUCUGACUAGAUGUGGAACUACAGUAUCUUCAAGGAAAAAACGGCAACGUCACGAACAAGCCAAUCCCAGAGCUCGAGCUGCCUCCCGCUGCCUCCUUCACCCCGCCCCCGCCCCGCCCCCGCCCCUCAAGCCUUCUCCUCGCUGCUGCCAGUCCAGCGAAAGCGGCCCUCCCUCCUGUCGUAUCUGACACACACACACACACACACACACACACACACACACACACACACACGCACGCACGCACGCGCGCGGAGUCCAAACUCCCAGAAAAGCCCUGCUGAAUCCAUCCUCACAGCGUCUGUCAGCAUGGGGAGCGCUUGUUUUUCCCGGGACGUUUGUUUGUUUGUCCUGCUCAUAAAUACUUGCAGGGUGAUGGGGAAUGUCGGACUCGCAGAUGUAGAUGAAUGCGCGGAGGGUUCUGACGAUUGCCACAUCGACGCCCUGUGCCAGAACACACCAAAGUCCUACAACUGCAUCUGCAAGCCGGGCUACAAAGGAGAUGGCAAGGAGUGUGAGGACACGGAUGAGUGUGAAAACGAUUACAAUGGGGGCUGUGUCCAUGAGUGCAUCAACAUACCAGGAAACUACAGGUGCACCUGCUACGAUGGAUUCAUGCUCGCCCACGAUGGACACAACUGCCUCGAUGUAGAUGAAUGUCUGGACAACAAUGGUGGAUGCCAGCAAGUGUGUGUUAACACCAUGGGGAGCUAUGAGUGUCAAUGCACGGACGGCUUCUUCCUCAGUGACAACCAGCAUACCUGCAUUCAUCGUUCUGAUGAUGGGAUGAACUGCAUGAACAAGGACCACGGCUGUGCCCACAUCUGCAGAGAAGCGCCGGGCAAAGGCGGGGUGUCCUGUGAGUGCCGCCCUGGCUUUGAGCUGGCGAAAAACCAGAAAGACUGCACAUUGACUUGUAACUAUGGAAAUGGAGGUUGCCAGCACAUAUGCGAAGACACAGAGACAGGGCCGGUGUGCGCCUGCCAUCAGAAAUAUGCCCUGCACUCGGACAGCAAGACCUGCAUUGAGAAAGAUGAGGCUGCAAUUGAGAGCUCUGAGUUCAAUGCCACGUCACUAGCUGAUGUGGACAAGCGGGUGAAACGGCGGCUACUUAUGGAGACCUGUGCUGUGAACAAUGGUGGCUGCGACCGGACAUGUAAAGACACUGCCACAGGGGUGCGCUGCAGCUGCACCGUGGGAUUCAACCUACAGCCUGACGGCAAAACCUGCAAAGACAUCGACGAAUGCCAAGAAAACAACGGCGGGUGUGAUCAGUUCUGCAGGAAUACAGUGGGCUCCUUCGAAUGCAGCUGUCAGAAAGGCCACAAACUGCUCACUGACGAACGGACCUGCCAAGACAUCGACGAGUGCUCCUUCGAGAGGACCUGCGACCACACCUGCAUCAACUACCCUGGCAGCUUUGAGUGCUUGUGCAACAAGGGUUACAUCCUCUAUGGCCUCACCCACUGCGGAGAUAUAGACGAAUGCAGCAUCAGCAACGGGAGCUGCGAGCACGGCUGCAUUAAUACUCAGGGCAGCUACGAGUGCGUGUGUCCGCCUGGUCAGAAACUCCACUGGAACAAGAAAGACUGCGUCGAGGCGGUGAAAUGUCUGCAAAAUGGGAAGCCGGCGCCUCGAGCCCAGCUGACAUGCACCAAAAGUGCAGGAGCGGAGGUGUGCUCGCUGACCUGCCCCUUUAAUGCCCUCUUCCUUACAGACUCGGAAAACAGCUACACACUGAGCUGCGGAGUGCCGGUUCAACCUAGUAAAGGCCCUCAGAAGAGGAAUGCCACGGCUGCUUUACCCACCUGUGCUGACACACUGAUGCCACCCAUCAAGCAAAAGGCCAGGUUUAAGAUCAAAGACGCCAAGUGUCACCUGAAGCCCCGCAACAAGGAAAAGCACAGAGAUUCAACCAGGCAGAACCUGCAAGGAGGCCAGUUUCCCUGCACAGACGAUUGCCAGGUAACGUUUGUCAACUUCAAGUGUGACUCUUCAAAAAAGCGCCGGCGAGGACGCAAGUCUCCUUCAAAAGAGGUUUCCCACAUCACGGCCGAGUUUGAGAUGGAGAUGAAAGAGGACGAGGCCUCAGAUUUAUGUGAUGUGGAUUGUGUUCGAGAGAAGAUGAAGCAGAAGCUGCAGAGUGCCAUGCGAACGCUUCGGAGGUCCAUCAACAAGCAGCAGUUUUACAUCCAGUUCUCUGGGACGGAGUACGAGGUAGCUCAGAAGCCAUCGAGGAUAUCAGAGGGUGCUGAGUCCUGCAGCACGGGUCAGGUUCUGCGAGAUGGAAAGUGCAUGAGCUGUGGGGUCGGGACGUUCUACAGCGGAGAGCAGGAACAGUGCGUCCAGUGUCCUCCUGGUUCAUACCAGGAUACAGUGGGUCAGCUGUCCUGUGAAUCGUGUCCCAGUGUUGAAGGACAGGGUAUUGCCGGAGCCAAGAACGUGUCUCAGUGUGGAGGACAGUGCCCGGCAGGCUAUUUCUCCUCUGAUGGCUUUCACCCAUGCCAGCCCUGCUUGCUGGGCUUCUACCAGCCUGAACCCGGCCGAGUCCUCUGCUUCCCCUGCGGAGGGGGCCUCAUGACCAAGCACGAAGGAUCCGUCUCGUUCAGAGACUGUGAGGCUAAAGUGCACUGUGCACCGGGACAUUACUACAACUCCAGCACCCACCGUUGCAUUCGCUGCCCUGCAGGAACCUACCAGUCUGAGUUUGGCCAGAACUACUGCAUCACCUGCCCUGGAAACACCACGACUGAUUUUGAUGGCGCCACCAACGUCUCCCACUGCAAAAACCAGCUGUGUGGAGGUGAACUGGGAGAGUACACAGGCUACAUUGAGUCACCUAACUACCCUGGAGAUUACCCUUCCAAUGUGGACUGUGUCUGGACCAUCAACCCACCACAUAAGAGGCGGAUCCUCAUUGUCGUACCAGAGAUCUUCCUCCCCAUCGAGGAUGAGUGUGGAGAUGUGCUGGUCAUGAGAAAGAGUGCUCUGCCCACCUCCAUCACCACUUACGAGACGUGUCAGACAUACGAGCGCCCCAUCGCCUUCACUUCGCGCUCUCGCAAGCUUUGGAUCCAGUUUAAGUCCAAUGAGGGCAACAGUGGCAAAGGCUUCCAGGUUCCAUACGUCACCUACGACGAGGACUACCAGCAGCUCAUAGAGGAUAUUGUUCGAGAUGGCAGGCUUUACGCCUCUGAGAACCAUCAGGAGAUACUGAAGGACAAGAAACUGAUUAAAGCCCUGUUUGACGUGCUGGCCCAUCCCCAGAACUACUUCAGGUACUCGGUACAGGAAUCCAAAGAGAUGUUCCCUCGGUCCUUCAUCAAACUGCUGCGCUCCAAAGUCACCAGAUUUCUACGGCCGUACAAAUAAACUGGGCCACUCCUCAAUCCUGCUAAAGACCCCCUGCCCCCCGCCAUCCUGCAUCAUGCCAAAUGCAGCAAAUUAAAUGUUACCCUCCAGCCUUAAAACCUCCUAAACAUCUGUGUGCAUCUGAAUUCUGUCUCUUAUACGACACUUUUCCUCGUCACUAAUUAACCAACAGUCCCUCCAACAGUAAGUGCAACAUUUUCUGUGAGGUUAGACAGAUUGACAGUUUUUGAAGGGCAGUAUUAAUAGUUUUAUAAUGUAGCAUAAAGUAUCUGAUAUAUUCCAUGUGUAUAUAUUGUUCCUUGAAAACAAUUCUCAGCUAAUAUGCUACCGUGGAGCAAUCCUGCUUUUGUGCCACAUUAGUGUUGUUGGUCCAGGGUGUUAUUAAAUAUUAAAACUGGAUAAAAAUAAUAAAUCCUUACAUCUAAAGUCUAAAAACAUUCUCUAAACCAACUAUGGCUUAACAACAACAAAAAACCUUGGUGUAAAAAUGCAAUUUGGGGUGGUACAUGAGUGAGACUUGGCCUCUUGACCUAAGUGCUUUUUGUAAAAUAAGAAGAUUUAAAUGUUUUUUUUAAAAAUCCCAGCAGUGUAUGGAUACAUACAAUAUGAGGUGUUCUUUUUUGUAUCUAGCCUUUAUGCUAAGCUACGUAGCGGCGCUAACAAACAGCUAGCAGUUACCUGGAAGGUACAGUACAGUACAGAAAUUCAUCACCCAACUGCCAACCAUAUCUUUUCUUUCCCUUUUAUUCCUUAAAAAAAUUAGUCAGUAAUCUACUCCCAGUUUGUAACGAACGCUAUCAGCCAGUCGAUGUAACGGUCAAACACUCCUCUCCCAGGUAUUCCCACAGUUCUGCACCUUCUAUAAUCAUUUCUUUCUUUUUCCUCCAUUUCCUGUAUUUUGAACUGCUUUCUUUGUUUUCUGUGUUGUUUUUACUUUUAUUUUUAUAUUUAUACUGAGCAGAAGGCCACAUCACAAUGUACAUGCAAGGAUGUUUUCGAAUUUCUUAAUUGGCCCAGUGCACGAGGCAGAGCAACAAAACAAUCGGUGCACUCUCAACAUAUUUUAACGCUGGGGAGUAAAGAAAUGUGCAGUCCAAUUCAGUGGAUGUUUAUCCAUUGAAGAACAAGGACAGAUUAAAUGCGGGAAUUAGACAGUCUAUGUAAUUUUUUUUAAAUAAAGAAAAGAUUUAUAACACGAUGAGAUAAACUACCUGCAAGUGACAGAUUGUUAAUUUAGUGAGAAAUGUAUGUGAUGUAACUAAUAUUUGGGACUAUAAUUGCACUUGAAUUUUAGAUUUUAAACUGUAGGAGCUUAAAAAAGGUCUAAGUUACGUAUUUGUUCCUGUGUGUGUGUGUGUGUGUGUGUGUGUGUGUGUGUGUGUGUGUGUGUGUGUGUGUGUGUGUGUGUGUGCACAUCCUGAAAUGCACCACAUCUGCCAAUGGUGAGAAAGACACACAGCUGUGUGGCUUGUGUUAUUGUUCCUUAACGUAAGAUUUGGACUGAAGGGUCAGAACUAAAGUGUGUUCCUCUUUAAAAAAAAAAAAAAAAAAAAAAAAAAAAAAAAUGAAACUGCAGAUCAGUCAAACCGAUGCAGCUCCUACUGGUUGUCAGCUUUUUCACUAGCCCGCUCCUGCUUCUUCCCUUGUACUCUACAUGUGUUAUAGCCACAGAGGGAAAGAAGCGUCAUUGUUAAAGGUUCUUGUAUGGUCCAACAUCAUACAAACAGUACUACUACAACAUAUAUAUUUUUGUAAAAGAAUAGUAUCUGCAUUCAGCCAUUAAUUUGAUGUAUGGUGUCUAUGCUGUGCUUUCCUGUUGUAUGUCAUCUCCAUUGUACUAAUACAUAUGAAAUCCUAUAGUGUGUAUUGAACAUUCUUCUCCAACUCCAGCUGCAUCGUGCUUAUAGAGAAGAGUGUGACUAGAGUAUUAGCCUGAACGCAAACGUAUAGUCUGAACGGCACCUGUCUGUGUAUUCUAGCUUAAAGACAGUGGCUCAUAUAGGCCGUAUUGUUAUCAAUGCUUCUAUAGUUACCAAACACAACAAUAAUCCAAGUCAUCCAUGAACAGAUUCAGACUUAGUGUCUUCUCUUUGUGUUGUCGUACGGCAAAUGAGGUUUCAGUGCUGUUUAGAGAGUGAUGACUUUAAAAUCACCUGUUCACUCUCAUAGUGACCUGGAAUGAAACCAACAGCUCAGGAACCUGCCAGAACAAAGUGAAGCUACACGCAUGGUCCCAGCAGUGAGCUGGUCACGCCAAAGGAUUUCAUUUUAAAAUAAUAUACAAGAGAAUCAUUAUAAAAUUAAAUGUAGAUUUUUUAAAAUUUGCAUUUUAAUAGCACUUGCUGACAGUUGACCCAUCUUUACCAUAACUCCAGCCCUGCCUAAGAAGCUGCCACAUGGACAGAUUAUGGCAGAGCUACUUCCUUUUUUCCCCUGAGAAUGUAUUCUAUUGUGAGUGAGUGUGUGCUUGUUGUGUGUCUAAAUGAAUGUGCGAGCAUGUGUGUGCGUGAGCAUUUUCUUUGAAUGUGUGUACUUUGGUACAUUUUCUAGAGGAAUAAUUUUAACGUUUGCCUUAGUUGAUUUUACCCAAAGAGAAAAAACCUGUAACACAAUGUUGUGCCCAUUGUUUUGGUCCUCGAACAAAACCCCUCCAGUACUGAACAAGUUAAAUAAAAGUGUAGCAGAAAAA